GGCCGACCCGGGCGGUGGGCCUUGUGGGGGCCGGGCGGCGGCCGGGCCGGCGGACGGCGGGAUGGGCUGCACAGUAAGCGCCGAGGACAAGGCGGCGGCCGAGCGCUCUAAGAUGAUCGACAAGAACCUGCGGGAGGACGGCGAGAAGGCGGCGCGGGAGGUGAAGUUGCUGCUGUUGGGUGCCGGGGAGUCGGGGAAGAGCACCAUCGUCAAGCAGAUGAAGAUCAUCCACGAGGACGGCUACUCAGAGGAGGAGUGCCGGCAGUACCGGGCGGUCGUCUACAGCAACACCAACCAGUCCAUCAUGGCCAUCGUCAAGGCCAUGGGCAACCUGCAGAUCGACUUCGCCGACCCCUCCCGCGCUGACGACGCCAGGCAGCUGUUCGCACUGUCGUGCACGGCCGAGGAGCAGGGCGUGCUUCCCGAGGACCUGUCCGGCGUCAUCCGAAGACUCUGGGCCGACCACGGUGUGCAGGCCUGCUUCGGCCGCUCGCGGGAGUACCAGCUCAAUGACUCAGCCGCCUACUACCUGAACGACCUGGAGCGCAUCGCGCAGAGCGACUACAUCCCCACGCAGCAGGAUGUGCUGCGGACCCGCGUAAAGACCACGGGCAUCGUGGAGACGCACUUCACCUUCAAGGACCUGCACUUCAAGAUGUUCGAUGUGGGUGGUCAGCGGUCCGAACGGAAAAAGUGGAUCCACUGUUUCGAGGGCGUCACGGCCAUCAUCUUCUGUGUGGCCCUGAGCGCCUAUGACUUGGUGCUGGCCGAGGACGAGGAGAUGAACCGCAUGCACGAGAGCAUGAAGCUGUUCGACAGCAUCUGCAACAACAAGUGGUUCACGGACACGUCCAUCAUCCUCUUCCUCAACAAGAAGGACUUGUUCGAGGAGAAGAUCACACAGAGCCCGCUGACCAUCUGCUUCCCUGAGUACACAGGGGCCAACAAGUACGACGAGGCAGCCAGCUACAUCCAGAGCAAAUUCGAGGACCUGAAUAAGCGCAAAGACACCAAGGAGAUCUACACGCACUUCACGUGCGCCACCGACACCAAGAACGUGCAGUUCGUGUUUGACGCUGUCACCGACGUCAUCAUCAAGAACAACCUGAAGGACUGCGGCCUCUUCUGAGGGUCAGCGGGGCCUGGCAGGAUGCUCCAGGGCCACCGCUGACUGCUCCCCAGCCCCUGAGGAAGAUGGGGGCAAGAAGACCACGCUCCCGCCUGUCCCCAGCCGCUUCUCCCCUCUUUCCUCUCCGCUCUCAGCUCCCCGUCCUCAGCUCCAGACUUGGGAAAGGGGUUGCCACAGGCCUCCCUGUCUGGAGCCUGACCUUGGCCGAGGUGUGCUGGGAAUGGCCGCGGCACCCCUUCCUGGGCGUCCGUUCUGGUUUCCAGCCCAUUGUCUCGUUCCGUGAUGGGCGAGGGGAGCACUGUUGCUCUCCCCAGGCCUGCGUCCGGAGGGCCGCCCGUCUCCAGCCUGGACCCCUGGCUUCGCCCCACACCCACCCGCCCCGGCCCAAGUCCAGAUGUUUACAGGGAGCCUCCUGCCCAGCCCACCCCCGCCGCUCGGAGGCCCCAAAGGAAAAAGCACAAGAAGCGUGAAACGCCACCAUUCCUGGAGACCACACUCCACUGCUCGUUCGUGUAGCUUUUUAAAAAAAUGAAAGUAAAGGAAAAAAAAAAUUAACCACAACGACGAAAACUGCAAACCUAGAAAACGUUUUAGAGAAAACCUAUUUAAAACUGUUCGAUCCUGACCAGCACCCCGCCAGCCAGCCCCCAUGCGGUGAUUCCGUGCCUUGAGUGUGUCUGUGUGUUUACACCCACCCCUCUGCUGGCCGCCCCGAGUGUGAGCGGCACCCCUGCCCUGCCCUCCACAGAAUCGGGGUCCAAGGGCUGUCCCAGACAACUGCCAACGUCACCGAGGGCCCUGCCCUGGCGGCCCUGGGCCCAGGCUCCAUUAACCUAAAUGUAGCCCCCCUAGCUCUAACCUAGGAACCGCGCUGCCUGCUGAGGGGCCUCGCCCCUCGUGCCCUCGCCCCAGGCCCGGGUCCUUCAGCGUUGAACACUUCCUUGCUUUUUUCACAUGUUUUAUGGAAUUGUUCACCCGGUUUGAAAUAAUAAAAUGUAGAAA